UUCCCCUGUUUCGGCGCCAACUAAAGCCGCCUUGCCUUCCCUCACUCACUGAGAGUCACAGCAGAGGAGGCGGCCUUCCUUCUUCUACCUGCUCUGCUUCGGCUUUCCGCUUCUGGCUUCACCUCCCCACCACUCCUCUCCUUCCUCCCUCUUCCUCUUGCUUGCGGCCUCGCCCAGCGGUAAACCGCAAGCGCUGAUCCAAAGGCGAGGGGAAAAGAUCAAAAGCGCCGCAGGUGAAAGAAUCGGAAACCCACGGACGCAUUCCCACUCGUUGCCAUCCAGCACAGCUCGGAUAUAAGCUCACCAGCACCACCCCUUUCCGUCCUCCUCCUCCCUUCUCCUCCCGUCCACUGCCAUUGCCCCUCCAAGAACACACGCACAGAGAGAACGAAAGAAAGAGGCCGACCCGGGCCGUCGUAGGCCCGGCGCCACCCACCCCACCAUGUCCGGCGGCGCCGCGCUCCUCCUCGCCCUGCUGGCUGCGGCAGCGGCGGCAGCCAUCGUCCUUUCCCCGGCCAAUGCCGCAGUGUCGUACGACCGCCGAGCCGUGGUCAUCAACGGGCAGCGUCGCGUCCUCAUCUCGGGCUCCAUCCACUACCCGCGCAGCACGCCGGAGAUGUGGCCGGACCUGCUACAGAAGGCCAAGGACGGCGGCCUCGACGUGGUCCAGACCUACGUGUUCUGGAACGGGCACGAGCCCGUGCAGGGGCAGUACUACUUCGGCGACCGCUACGACCUCGUCCGCUUCGUCAAGCUCGCGCACCAGGCCGGCCUCUACGUCCACCUCCGCAUCGGCCCCUACGUCUGCGCCGAGUGGAACUUCGGGGGGUUCCCGGUGUGGCUCAAGUACGUCCCCGGCAUCAGCUUCCGGACGGACAACGGGCCGUUCAAGGCGGCGAUGCAGGCGUUCGUGGAGAAGGUGGUGUCGAUGAUGAAGGCGGAGGGGCUCUUCGAGUGGCAGGGCGGCCCCAUCAUCCUGGCGCAGGUGGAGAACGAGUACGGGCCCAUGGAGUCCGUCAUGGGAGCCGGCGCCAAGCCCUACGCCAACUGGGCCGCCAAGAUGGCCAUCGCCACCGGCGCCGGCGUGCCCUGGGUCAUGUGCAAGCAGGACGACGCCCCCGACCCCGUCAUCAACACCUGCAACGGGUUCUACUGCGACUACUUCAGCCCCAACUCCAACAGCAAGCCCACCAUGUGGACGGAGGCCUGGAGCGGCUGGUUCACGGCGUUCGGCAAGCCGGUGCCGCACCGCCCGGUGGAGGACCUGGCCUUCGCCGUGGCGAGGUUCAUCCAGAAGGGCGGAUCCUUCGUCAACUACUACAUGUACCAUGGCGGCACCAACUUCGACCGGACCUCCGGCGGGCCGUUCAUCGCCACCAGCUACGACUAUGAUGCGCCGAUCGACGAAUAUGGUUUGCUGAGGCAGCCGAAAUGGGGCCACCUGAGGGACCUGCACAAGGCCAUCAAGCAGGCCGAGCCAGCGCUCGUCUCCGGCGACCCGACGGUCCAGUCCAUCGGCAACUACGAGAAGGCGUACGUGUUCAAGUCGAGCAGCGGCGCGUGCGCGGCGUUCCUGUCCAACUACAAGACCAACGCGGCGGCGACCGUGACGUUCAACGGGCGGCGCUACGAGCUCCCGGCGUGGUCCAUCAGCGUGCUGCCGGACUGCAAGACCGCCGUGUUCAACACCGCGACGGUGCGGGCGCCGUCGGCGCCUGCGAGGAUGAGCCCCGCGGGCGGCCUCUCGUGGCAGUCCUACAGCGAGGCCACCAACGCGCUGGACGACCGCGCCUUCACCAAGGACGGCCUCGUCGAGCAGCUCAGCAUGACGUGGGACAAGUCCGACUACCUGUGGUACACCACAUACGUCAACAUCGACUCGAGCGAGCAGUUCUUGAAGUCCGGCAAGUGGCCGCAGCUGACCAUCUACUCCGCCGGCCACUCCCUGCAGGUGUUCGUCAACGGGCAGUCAUACGGCUCCGCGUAUGGCGGCUACGACAGCCCGAAGCUGACGUACAGCGGGUACGUGAAGAUGUGGCAGGGCAGCAACAAGAUCUCCAUCCUCAGCGCCGCCGUCGGCCUCCCUGUAAGCUCACCACCAUUGUCACUCUUCUUCCAGUUCAGAGUUCAGACCACCGUGAUCCUAAUCUCCUCUUGCUGUCCGUCUUCCACCGUCCUGCAGAACCAGGGCACCCAUUACGAGACGUGGAACGUCGGCGUGCUCGGGCCGGUGACGCUCUCCGGCCUGAACGAGGGGAAGCGGGACCUCAGCAGCCAGAAAUGGACGUACCAGAUCGGCCUGCACGGCGAGUCGCUGGGCGUCCACUCCGCCGCCGGGAGCUCGUCCGUCGAGUGGGGCGGCGCCGCCGGGAACCAGCCCCUGACAUGGCACAAGGCCUACUUCAACGCGCCGGCCGGCGGCGCGCCGGUGGCCCUGGACAUGGGCAGCAUGGGCAAGGGCCAGGCGUGGGUGAACGGGCGGCACGUCGGCCGGUACUGGUCGUACAGGGCCCCCGGCGGCGGGUGCGACGGGUGCGGCUACGCCGGCACGUACAGCGAGACCAAGUGCCAGAGCAGCUGCGGCGACAUCUCCCAGAGGUACUACCACGUCCCGCGUGCGUGGCUCAACCCCAGCGGCAACCUGCUGGUGCUGCUCGAGGAGUUCGGCGGCGACCUCUCCGGCGUCACGCUGGUGACCAGGACGACAUGAGGGUUGAAGAGGAAGCUGGAGAUUUGAAGGACACGAGGAGGAGGAGGUUGAACUGUGAAUAAUCUGCUGGGAAAGACGUAGGAAAGGCACACAUGAGUAUACAUGAUACCAAUUCUUUCUUGCUCAUAUCUAUACGGAUACGGCGUACACAAAGUAUUUGUAGUAUUUAUUGGAGAUGUAUUGUUGGAUUGGAGUUGGCCUCCGGCCCGGCUGCAGGAACUGCAGCUCCGGAACGGCCGGCCGGCCGGCAUACAGUCGCUGCUGAAUACUAGUAUGAUUUUGCUCUGCAGGCUGCAGGUUUCACGCAGAGUUCAUCUUAUUAGGAGAGAAAUUUGCAGCGUUGAGCUGUAAAUGGGCUAUUUAUUAAUGCCAUUAUGUUUGAUGCCUUAUUGCGCGAAUGGAACAAGAGGAAAUGAGUAUCCUUUUCCCA